CUCCCGCCCCGCGUGAUGACGUCGCCCUCCCGGGCGGAGGCUGGCGUGUGGCGGAGCCGCGUCCCCUCAGAGGGGCGCUGGCGCGGGGCUGAGCUGCCCGGGAUCAACGCGAUCACCCGGCCCGCCUCGGCUGGGAGGGCAGCGCGGCACGGCGGGGCGAUGAGCGGCGCCCGAGACGAGGGCCCGGAGGCGGGCGCCGGCGGGGCUGGGGGCCGCGCGGCGCCUGAGAACCCAGGGGGCGUGCUGAGCGUGGAGCUGCCCGGGCUGCUGGCGCAGCUGGCACGGAGCUUCGCGCUGCUGCUGCCCGUGUACGCGCUGGGCUACCUGGGGCUCAGCUUCAGCUGGGUGCUUCUCGCUCUUGCGCUGCUCGCCUGGUGCCGCCGCAGCCGCGGCCUCAAGGCCCUGCGCCUGUGCCGCGCGCUGGCGCUGCUGGAAGACGAGGAGCGCGCUGUGCGCCUGGGGGUGCGCGCCUGCGACCUGCCCGCCUGGGUUCAUUUUCCAGACACUGAAAGAGCAGAAUGGCUAAAUAAGACUGUAAAACACAUGUGGCCUUUCAUUUGCCAAUUUAUAGAGAAGUUGUUUCGAGAAACUAUAGAACCAGCCGUGCGGGGAGCAAACACCCACCUUAGCACCUUUAGUUUCACGAAGGUCGACGUGGGCCAGCAGCCCCUCAGGAUCAAUGGUGUUAAGGUAUACACUGAAAAUGUAGACAAAAGGCAAAUUAUUUUGGACCUUCAGAUUAGUUUUGUAGGAAAUUGUGAGAUUGAUUUGGAGAUCAAACGAUAUUUUUGUAGAGCUGGUGUGAAAAGUAUCCAGAUUCAUGGUACCAUGCGGGUGAUCCUGGAACCGUUGAUUGGAGAUAUGCCCUUAGUUGGAGCUUUGUCUAUUUUCUUCCUUAGGAAACCACUUUUAGAAAUUAACUGGACAGGACUGACGAAUCUUCUGGAUAUCCCUGGAUUGAAUGGUUUAUCAGAUACUAUCAUUUUGGAUAUAAUAUCAAACUAUCUGGUGCUUCCCAAUCGAAUCACCGUUCCACUUGUCAGUGAAGUUCAAAUAGCUCAGUUGCGGUUUCCUGUACCAAAGGGUGUUCUAAGGAUACAUUUUAUUGAAGCUCAGGAUCUUCAGGGGAAAGACACUUACCUUAAGGGUCUUGUCAAGGGAAAGUCAGAUCCCUAUGGAAUCAUUAGAGUUGGCAACCAAAUCUUCCAAAGCAAAGUCAUCAAGGAGAACCUCAGUCCAAAGUGGAAUGAAGUCUAUGAGGCUUUAGUGUAUGAACAUCCUGGACAAGAAUUAGAGAUUGAGCUCUUUGAUGAAGACCCAGACAAGGAUGACUUUUUAGGAAGUCUUAUGAUUGAUCUCAUUGAAGUUGAAAAGGAGCGCGUUUUAGAUGAAUGGUUCACUCUGGACGAGGUUCCCAAGGGGAAGCUACACUUGAGACUGGAGUGGCUCACGUUAAUGCCAAAUGCGUCAAACCUCGAUAAGGUGCUAACAGACAUCAAAGCUGACAAAGACCAAGCCAACGAUGGUCUUUCUUCUGCAUUGCUGAUCUUGUACUUGGAUUCAGCAAGGAACCUUCCGAGUAACCCAUUAGAAUUUAACCCCGAUGUCUUGAAGAAGACUGCAGUUCAGAGAGCUUUAAAGUCAGGGAAGAAAAUAAGCAGCAACCCAAAUCCUGUUGUCCAGAUGUCAGUUGGGCACAAGGCCCAGGAGAGCAAGAUUCGAUACAAAACCAAUGAACCUGUGUGGGAGGAAAACUUCACUUUCUUCAUUCACAAUCCCAAGCGCCAGGACCUUGAAGUUGAGGUCAGAGACGAGCAGCACCAGUGUUCCCUGGGGAACCUGAAGGUCCCCCUCAGCCAGCUGCUCACCAGUGAGGACAUGACCGUGAGCCAGCGCUUCCAGCUCAGUAACUCAGGUCCAAACAGCACCAUCAAGAUGAAGAUUGCCCUGCGGGUGCUCCAUCUCGAAAAGCGAGAAAGGCCUCCAGACCACCAACACUCAGCUCAAGUCAAACGGCCCUCUGUGUCCAAAGAGGGGAGGAAAACAUCCAUCAAAUCUCAUAUGUCUGGGUCUCCAGGCCCUGGCGGCAGCAACACAGCUCCAUCCACACCAGUCAUUGGGGGCAGUGAUAAGCCUGGUAUGGAAGAAAAGGCCCAGCCCCCUGAGGCCGGCCCUCAGGGGCUGCAUGACCUGGGCAGAAGCUCCUCCAGCCUCCUGGCCUCCCCAGGCCACAUCUCGGUCAAGGAACCCACCCCCAGCAUCGCCUCGGACAUCUCGCUGCCCAUCGCCACCCAGGAGCUGCGGCAAAGGCUGAGGCAGCUGGAAAACGGGACGACCCUGGGACAGUCUCCACUGGGGCAGAUCCAGCUGACCAUCCGGCACAGCUCGCAGAGAAACAAGCUUAUCGUGGUCGUGCAUGCCUGCAGAAACCUCAUUGCCUUCUCUGAAGACGGCUCUGACCCCUACGUCCGCAUGUAUUUAUUACCAGACAAGAGGCGGUCAGGAAGGAGGAAAACACACGUGUCAAAGAAAACAUUAAAUCCAGUGUUUGAUCAAAGCUUUGAUUUCAGUGUUUCGUUGCCAGAGGUGCAGAGGAGAACGCUGGACGUUGCGGUGAAGAACAGCGGCGGCUUCCUAUCCAAAGACAAAGGGCUCCUUGGCAAAGUAUUGGUUGCUCUGGCAUCUGAAGAACUUGCCAAAGGCUGGACCCAGUGGUAUGACCUCACGGAAGACGGGACGAGGCCUCAGGCGAUGACAUAGCCGCACUAGGCAGGAGGGGUCCUCUUCAGCGUAGCUCCUCCACCUCUACCCGGAACACACCCUCUCACAGACGUACCAAUGUUAUUUUUAUAAUUUCAUGGAUUUAGUUAUACAUACCUUAAUAGUUUUAUAAAAUUGUUGACAUUUUAGGCAAAUUUGGCCAAUAUUAUCAUUAAAUUUUCUGUGUUGGAUUUCCUCUAGGAUUUCGCCAGUUCCUACAACGUGCAAUAGGGUGGCGGGGUAGCUCUUGUGUCUGUGGACUCUGCUCAGCUGUGUCCGUAGGAGCCGGAUGUGUCUGUGCUUUAUUAUGGCCUUGUUUAUAUAUCACUGAGGUAUACUAUGCCAUGUAAAUAGACUCUAUUUUUUAUAAUCUUUACAUGCUGGUUUAAAUUCAGAAGGAAAUAGAUCAAGGAAAUAUAUAUAUUUUCUUCUAAAACUUAUUAAAUUCUUGUGACAAAUAAUUUUCAUCUUUGCAGCAAAAAGUUCUCAGUGACCUAUUUUGUGGUGUUUUUUUUUUGAAAAGAAAAGCUGAAAGAUUAUUAAAUGUUAGUAUGUUUCUGUCCAUUAUGAAAGAUGAAAUAAAGUAUUCAAAAUAUUAACAUUUUCAUAAAUAUAAGGAUGUAUUAUUGAGAAGUAAGUUGAAGGGCUUAUAAGGAAAAAUGUUUUAUAACUGAGUAAUAUAAGAUAUUAAGAGAAUUGUCAUGGUUCAUAAAUCACAUUGUACUAAUCUGAAAUUUCUUACAUAAAAAUGAAAUGUCAUGUUUAUUUUAAUUGCUGUUGUAACUUACUCAUGAAACAGUAUACAGACACCUUGUACUUAAACUAUAAGAACAGACUUUCAAUGUUAGCAAUUAAGCUGUUGUCAAAUAAUCAGUCAUGAGCUUUGUUAAUUUUCAAUGUUUUCCCAGCCUAUAAAAAAAGGAAGGUACACGUUAUCCUCUUAAAGGCUGUGAGGUAGAGUGGGAUGAGUAGACAGGAUGUUGCAUUAAAAAUUGGAAGCUUGAUCUCAUUAUUGUCAGGAACACCCAGCGUGACCUCACACAUAGGAUGUGGGACCUUUGAGCCGAUGAGCACUGGCCACCACCAGGGUUGGGGGCGCCACAGCUGCGAGCCCGGCCCCUGCUGUUCUCAGCAGCCACUUCCCAGGCUGCCUCACUUUAUGCCAUGACUAACCUUAAUAUUGGGAUAUUGUUAUGCAAUUUUUAUUCUGUUUAGACUAUUAAAAGCAGGUUUCUGUACUUAAGAGUUCCCCAGGCCUCCUGUGAGGUGAGGCUCUGUUGCAGUGUCAUAGGCUCUGCGUGUCUAUAAAGAAAGAAUGCACAUAUGUGGACAAUUAAGUGUAUAUUAUAAGCUAUGUGCCGAAAAUGGCUUCCAUAGCCAUGAGAACAUCUUAAAACUAUGUAUAAAUAUAUUAAGGAAAGUAUAGCUUUGUAAUUUAAAUUGGAGCUCUUAGCUUGUUUCAUGGAACUACACAACUUGUGGGUAACUCACGUGACCAAACAAACCAAAGUGCCUGUGACGGGGCAGGUGGCUGUCUCCCCACCCUCCAUUCUAGCAGAUUCUUACUUUGUUUGAAUUUAUAAACGAGGCUGGUGGCUGUCUACCCACCCUCCCUUCUAGCAGAUUUUGAUUUUGUUUCAAUUUAUAAACGAGGCCGGUGGCUGUCUACCCACCCUCAGUUCUAGCAGAUUCUUAUUUUGUUUCAAUUUAUAAACAAGGCCAGUGGCAGGCCGGGCACGGUGGCUCACGCUUGUAAUCCCAGCACUUUGGGAGGCCGAGGCAGGCGGAUCACGAGGUCAGGAGAUGGAGACCACGGCGAAACCCCGUCUCUACUAAAAAUACAAAAAAAUUAGCCGGGCAUGGUGGCGGGCGCCUGUAGUCCCAGCUACUCGGAGAGGCUGAGGCAGGAGAAUGGCGUGAACCCGGGAGGCGGAGCUUGCAGUGAGCUGAGAUUGCGCCACUACACUCCAGCCUGGGUCAAAAAAAAAAAAACAAAAAAACAAGGCCAAUGGCUGUCUACCCACCCUCCCUUCUAGCAGAUUUUUAUUUUGUUUGAAUUUAUAAACGAGGCGAGUGGCUGUCUACCCACCCUCCCUUCUAGCAGAUUUUGAUUUUGUUUCAAUUUAUAAUUUACACUUUGAACCGUGGGUUUACUUAUAAUGGAGUCUGUAGCUUCACAGCAUAUUUCAUGUAAUCAUAAAGACCAGUAUAUUCUCUCCUGCUGAAUGACAUGUGACUGUAAAGCCUCUUUAUAAACUGUUUCCAGUGUUAGUAUAGAGGAUUAUUUGGGAAGUGUAUCAAUACCUUUAUAGACACAUAUGAACGUGUAUGCACACAAAACAUUUAACUAUGGUAUUUAUGGAAGAGAGGUAACAUUAAAUCUAGUUGCUUUCCCAUAGUAUUAGAUUUGUUGAGGGUUUUUUAAAAAUCAGAUCUGUUCAAAGUCUUCUGUCAUAAUCUAUAAAGAAGCAGCACUCAUGGAAAUUGUAGCAUGCCAGUAAUUUUUACCAACAUCCCAUACAUCUGAGUUCUGCAGUCCAGUGUGUAAUCCGCUCCAUGUGUAUUUUGCUUAAUGGAAUGCUUUAUUUAAGCACUUAGGCAGAAUAGACACAAUUAAAGGUACAAAGCCCAGAGGAAGCGGUUGAGCAGCACCGUGCCUGCCCUGAGGCAGUGGAGUCGGUAGCGCUGUCUCCAGGGCCUUGAGUGGCCUCUAGUAGCCGUCUCCAUUCUCUUUAAAAAAAAAAAAGGGGGUGAUUCUGAGGCACUGAAGUACCUCCCAGAUGUGGAGGAGUGAAGCCAUCACGGCCACACUCAGCACUUCAGGAUCCCAGCGAUGUCAGACACUCUUGAGUUCUCAAAACGUUUAUUUUCGGUUUUAAAUAAUCAGUUUAUCUAAGAAAAGGGAAUUUUAACUUUUCUACCUUGAGCAAAGCCAAUGAAGGGAAAAUUAAUUAACUUAGUAAAUUUGAAGUGCAGCUCUGUUAGCCCGUACAUGUGGGUUCUUAACCUGAUCCUGUGCCUUAAAGUAGGGAGGUGUUUCCAAGUUCAGAUUAAAAUAGAAGCAGCUGGCCGGGUGCGGUGGCUCAUGCCUGUAAUCCCAGCACUUUGGGAGGCCGAGGCGGGUGGAUCACCUGAGGUCAGGAGUUCAAGACCAGCCUGGCCAACAUGGAGAAACCCCGUCUUUACUAAAAAUACAAAAAUUAGCCGGGCGUGGUGGUGGAGCGCACGCCUGUAGUCCCAGCUACUAUUCCAGGGGCUGAGGCAGGAGAAUCGCUUGAACCCAGGAGGCGGAGGUUGCAGUGAGCCAAGAUUGCGCCACUGCACUCCAGCCUGGUCGACAGAGUGAGACUCCGUCUCAAACAACAAAUAAAAUAGAAGCAGCCUUGUAACUGUAUUUACCAUGAUAAUAUAUUCUGCACAGUAAGAAUUCCUUUUACAGACAUUCUUUAUCAAGAGGUCAGCCCUUCUUGUUCAGGCACCUAAGCCAAAUGCAGGCCUGUGUGUAGCUGCGUGUUUUUUCUGUGGUUGCUGCAUCUAUUCCACCUCCAGCCGGACCCCCCACUGCAAAUAGAGAACAACGGUGGGGGGUGGGGGUUAAAAAGUAGAGAAUGUCCUUUCUGUUCAACUAAUUUCACAUGACUGCAUGUAUUUAUUCAAUAAAACUUUUAUGUUAGCUCA